GCUUCUGAACUUUCCCCUUUCCCUCUCCUCUGCCUCUACUCCCAAAAUUCCCAAUCGUCAUCCUCUGAUCCCCUCAGAUUCCCUCCCGUCUCCGUGGGAAUGGCGGAGGCCUCCGCUGCUUGGUGCUUCACGGCUUUCUCCUCCUCGCUCCCGUCGUCGGUUUCUUAUUCUCGCUCCAAGGAUUCGCUGUCGCCUUCUCCCCGGCACCUCUCCCUUCUCCACCGCCAUCGGCAUUCUCGCCUCCUCCGAUUCUCGGCGAAGGCUUCUAAUUCUGAUCCUGGAAACUUCCUCGGCGACGAUUCCUUCGGAUUCUUCCCCUGGGCUGAUCGUGAUUCCGAUAUUCAAUGGGUUCCUGAGGAGAGAGUCACUUUGUUCACUUCCGAUGGACUCAUCCAGAUUGGAGGUUCUAUGGUUCCACGGCGUGUUGCUUCAUCUGACCAAGGGAUGUCCAAGACCUCUCAAAGAUUUCAACGAUUUCAAGAAAGUAAUUACAUGGAUCCUGAUCAAGGCCUGUGCCUUGGAGCCCUUUUUGAUAUUGCUGCAACGAAUGGACUCGAUAUGGGUAGAAGACUCUGUAUCUUUGGAUUCUGCCGUUCUAUUGAGAUGCUGAGCGAUGUGGUUGAAGACACUGUUCUUGAGCAUGGAGGAGAGGUUGUUGCAGCAGAGAAAGCCAUCAAAGGCGGUUUGCACGAAAAGCUAACGAUGACAGUCGCAGUCCCAUUGCUUUGGGGGGUCCCACCUGCCUCUGAAACACUUCACCUCGCUGUCCGGAGUGGCGGAGGGAUUGUAGAGAAGGUUUGUUGGCAAUGGGAUUUCUUGUAAAGGAAACUUUACGCGUCUCUUCUAACGAUCGUCUCCGCAAUGUGUACAUAGUAAAUGUUGUAUAUGCCUGUGUACAAAAUUCUAUUGUUGUGAUCAUUCAGUUACUUGUCAACCUGAUUUAUCAAGAUGAGGAGGAAUAUUGUAGGACGCUUUUUGUUACUGCAAUAAUAAGCGACUCAAAAACAACAAAAUUGAGAA